CCCGACAUCUAAAUAGAUUCACUACCGUCAACCCCGUCGGAAACAAAUCAGAUGUCAAAACAAACUUCGGCAUGAUUGUAAAUUUUCUGCGCUUUUCCACAAAUAGUCAAAGAAAUUGUUUUCUCGAGUUAUGUUUCGAAGCCAGUGCAUGACAGCCGGAAUUCUCUUCAUAAUCCUCACAUUUUGUUUUGGCCGGUGGAGUUGCAUCAACGGUGAAGUGAACGAUAUCUUUGCUUACGAAGUCUACACGCAAGACAUUAUCGGAGGCGAUGUCUUCUUCGAGAUUAUCGACCCCGUCGAGCUCGAGUACACGUACCGCCUGCGACCGGCAAAAGACUUCGGGACGCCCUUCAAUGCCUCAUUUAGGGUGGAGAAUGUGGCACUUGUGCCCGCCGAGCCGGCCGAUGCCUGUACUGCAUUGAAAAACGCUUACGACACAAGGGGGAAUGUGGUUCUAAUCGAACGAGGCGAAUGCUCGUUCCUGACCAAGACGAUCAAUGCGGAAAUGGCGGGUGCGCGAGCGGCAAUCAUCACCGAAUCGAACGUCGAGUCCACUGAGUACGACUAUUACAUCGAAAUGGUCCAUGACAACAGCGACCGGGACGCCAACAUCCCGGCCGGCUUCCUCCUGGGUAAAAACAGUCGCGUGAUUCGCAGCACGCUCCAGAAACUCAACAGGAAGUAUGCAGUGAUCAAUCUGCCAGUGAACCUAACGUUCACGCCGCCUCACCUGAUCAACCACCCGCCCUGGUUGGGAUGGUAGACGACACUUCCAAGCGAAUUUAAAUGAAUUUAAAAAUCCUUGAUUAACUCGAGCGAGCGAAAGGUGUUUAGUUUGUAAAAGACGAAAUUCCAGUUAAUUUUUUUAGUUCCUAAAAGCAGUCGCGUAGAAAGCCUUGUAAAUUUGCCCCAAAAUUAGAGCUAAUCAAUUGCCACCUUAUCUUUUCUGUCCUUAUCAUGUAUCGACGCGUUUACCUUGAAGUUUACAGUUUUAAAUUGUCUAACAUUUGUAGAUAUUUAGUUUUCUAACUUUUCUAAUUUUUCCAAUGAACCUGUUUAUCUUAAGCGUGAAAAUUAUUCAGACCUCUCCACACCAAUCAUACGAUUUCCAUCUAAGAACGCGAUUAUCGCAGGAAACUCGGAUGAUUCAAAAUGCCUUGAAUAAGAUAUUAAACAAGAACUCGUCUUCUGUUAACUGUUCGAAGCCAUUUUUCCCAUUGGAAACCGCUAGUCAUUGAAAUGCGAUUCGGCACUCGUUGUUCACAUGAUAUUUAACCCAAUUGCAUCGUUGUAUGAAUUACUCGAACCGAUACUGAAAUUCGCAUUAAAAACUAAACUUUGUAGAUUAGUAUUGACCAUUUACAGAUGCUAAUGUUAAAUUUAACAAAAUGAAAAAAUUGUGAUAGAAAUAAAUUAUUUUAAAAAGAUAAAUAUUCAUGGGAUAUUAUGGAAAGCAAUAAACAUUUUUGUAAAUCACU